GGCCGGGCGCGGGGGGCUCGGGUGGAGAGAGCCGCCACUGCCGCCGCCCGGACCCUGAGAGGAUUCCCUCAUCCCUGCGCCUCUGCUGCCGUCACCGUCGCCGCCUGGGCCUGCUAAGCCGCCGCCGCCGGAGUCCCGGCCCCUCCCGCGGGGAGGCAGGAGGGUCCCGGGAGCCGACGGAACAGGCGGGACCAUGUCCGGGCGCGGCCAGGGCGGCAAACUGCCCACGACGGAGCGCAUCGUGAAGGCUGUUCCAUUCCCACCCACACAACGGCUAACCCUGAAGGAAGUUUUUGAGGAUGGGAAACCCAGGUUGGAAAUACUAAAAAAUCACUUGGUAAAAGAAGGGCGCCUGGAAGAGGAUGCAGCACUGAAGAUAAUCAAUGAUGGAGCUGCCAUUCUGAGGCAUGAGAAGACAAUGAUUGAAGUAGAGGCUCCAAUCACAGUGUGUGGUGACAUUCAUGGGCAGUUCUUUGACCUGAUGAAGUUGUUUGAAGUUGGAGGAUCACCCAAUAACACUCGCUACCUCUUCCUGGGAGACUACGUGGACAGAGGCUACUUCAGUAUAGAGUGUGUUCUGUAUUUAUGGAGCUUAAAGAUAAACCAUCCCAAAACACUUUUCCUACUCCGAGGGAACCAUGAGUGCAGGCACCUCACAGAAUACUUCACCUUUAAACAGGAAUGUCGAAUUAAAUACUCGGAGCGGGUGUAUGAUGCAUGCAUGGAUACAUUUGACUGUCUUCCUCUUGCUGCCCUCUUGAACCAACAAUUUCUGUGUGUACAUGGGGGGCUGUCUCCAGAAAUCACGUGUCUAGAUGACAUUAGGAAAUUAGACAGGUUUAAGGAGCCUCCUGCCUUCGGUCCAAUGUGUGACCUGUUGUGGUCCGAUCCAUCAGAGGAUUAUGGCAAUGAGAAGACGCUGGAACAUUUUACCCACAACACUGUUCGAGGUUGCUCCUAUUUCUACAGUUACCCUGCGAUUUGUGAAUUUUUGCAAAAUAAUAAUUUGUUAUCUGUGAUCCGAGCGCACGAAGCCCAGGAUGCCGGAUACCGAAUGUACAGGAAGAGCCAAACUACAGGUUUUCCAUCCCUAAUCACAAUCUUUUCUGCACCAAAUUAUCUAGAUGUCUAUAACAACAAGGCUGCUGUCCUGAAAUAUGAAAACAAUGUCAUGAACAUCAGGCAGUUCAACUGUUCUCCACACCCUUACUGGCUUCCAAAUUUCAUGGAUGUUUUUACUUGGUCUUUGCCUUUUGUAGGGGAAAAGGUUACAGAGAUGCUGGUUAACAUCCUCAACAUCUGCUCUGACGAUGAGCUUAUUUCAGAUGGAGAUGAAACAUUGGAAGGAGGCACAACUGUCCGUAAAGAGAUCAUCAGGAAUAAGAUCAGGGCCAUUGGGAAGAUGGCACGUGUCUUCUCAGUGCUUCGAGAGGAAAGCGAGAGUGUGCUGACGCUCAAAGGCCUGACUCCCACAGGGACUCUUCCCCUGGGAGUCCUCUCAGGGGGGAAGCAGACUCUACAGACGGCCACAGUAGAAGCAGUAGAGGCACGGGAAGCCAUCCGUGGAUUUUCGCCUCAGCACAAGAUCCGCAGCUUUGAAGAAGCUAGGGGCCUGGACCGCAUUAAUGAGCGCAUGCCACCACGCAAGGAUUCAAAGCACCCUGAUGGGCCGGUGAACUUAACCUCAACAAACUCUGCAGACAAGAACGGGACGGGGAAGAAAGCCCAGUAAUGGUUGAAGCACCCAGUCUGUAUCCAAAACGAAAGGAUCCAAAACUUAAUGAAUUUUAUUUAUUUAUUAUGAAGGGGGAGGGGGUUGGGGGGGUGAAACCAACUUAGCCUGGAGGCACGUCCAUAAUCCACUUUACAUUCAUUCUGUAAGAGAGGUGACCAUUUUGUAAGUUUUUUAAAUUUUAUGUUCAAUAUAUGAAAUGUCUUUUUUUAAUUUAGGGAUGGGUCUAAAUGCUAGUGCAUAUAUAAAGUGUUGUUCUGUACAGGUGGCCCAUCUCUGAAAGAGGGAAGGAGACUUAGUGGGGGGGGGGACAAAAAAAAGGCCAAGGCAACUCUAGUGUCUGAUUUGUUGGAAGAGCUUUUAAGUUAGCCUUGGCUGUUUUUUGUUUUUUUUUUAAAGUGGCAUCUUUCAUUUGAAAGCAGCAUUUUCUCCUUGCAGCUGUUGCUGUUUUUCCUUCUGUUUCUCACUGCAUCUGAUGCUCCAGCAUUUGACUUCCAUUAAAGGCAUGUUGCAUAGGGCAAUUGGUAAACUCUGUGCUUCUUGGAAUGCUUUUAUCAGAGGCAAAUGUCGAAAUGCGAAAAGAUCCAGCUCCAGAGGAACUGGUGGGAAAGUGUCCCUUCUCCAUCCUCCUUCAGAAAAUGGCAGGGAGGGGGAGUCUCCUGGAAUAAAUGAGUGGGUGGGCUUUGAGUGGAGUCUCAUUAUAUUAGAAAAAUGUCUCACUUGAGUUCACUCAGGUGGCUGCUUGCUUUGUUCCAGGCAUGUAACCAUAUUUGACAUCACGUCAGUGGGAUCUGUGUCAGGUUCUGUGGCAUGAAAGCAAUCUCUGCAGUUUGUCGCAGUCCUUACCUGAAUGUGAAAGAUCUACAAGAUUAAUAUUUUGAAAAAAAGCGCUCUCUUUCCACAUCUUGCCCUACCCACAGACUGUGUAACAAUAGCGACUUCUAUUUUGUACUGGGGCUCACAGUUAUGUGUGUCUUAAGACUUGUCUGCUCAGGGGAGCCCUGAAUUCUCAUUUCAACGUAUUAGAAGGAAACCAUUGUCAUGGGAAACUUGAGCUGUAGGAAGAGGAUACUAUGUUGUGUGAGGUUUUUCACAGCAGCAUCACCGUUUCCUGCAUCUAGGCUGGACCACCUAAUAUGCUGCCCUAGGAUAUCCUGCCUUUGCUGUGAGGAUAGGAGGGGAAACUGUGCUGACUGUCAGUUGGGACGAGAGAGGUCUCUAUUGAGCCAAGGGAAGACAACAAGCCCUGCAGUGGUCUCUUGCAGAUCUUCUGCCAUCAAUUGGCAAAGCUUUUUGUGCUCAGCAGAACCAGCUUCCACAAGGGUACAGCCAGUCUCCAUUACAGAAGGAAAACCAUAACCUUAAAAUGUGAUACUAGAAGGUUCAGAAGUUUGACCCUCAGGCUGAAUUGCCAUGACCAUAGCAGCCUUUUGCUAAUGUUGGCUCAAGGGUCUGGCUUUGCAAAAUACCUUUUUUUAAAAAAAAAUCUCCACUGUGCUUCUUGGUUGAUCUGACCUAGCAGUUUGGCCUGUCUCUUGAAGAGUUCAGAAACAGCAUGAGCAAAGGACUGCUAGGGUUAUGGGACAGGAGGCUCCACGGUUUCCUUUCCUCUCAGUGCUCCGAGCUCUUAAAGUAACAGUUUGAGAGUCACUUUAUGUAGCAAUACAACAUGCACCCUGAGCCUCUGUUGGCCAUGGCUCCUUGGCCUGUGUCCAUUGAGUGUAUAGGGAUACCCAUCACACUUUAUGAUUACUGUUGGAAACAUCAGUAUAGCUGUGACAAGAUCUAUUUUGAAAAUUGUGAAGUUUCCAGGCUUGCAUACAAUUCUGCCUCUUUCUCAGAGGCCAGAAGGCCUUUGGGUAUAGUGUAUCAUUUACAUUUCUCUCAAAAUGCCAUGAAGAUUGUUUAUUACGCAGAACAUCUAAAACGUAUUCCUUGUUCAAUAUUAUAAAAUCAUUGCUGAGUUUUUACAAUACGUGAGGGAAAAGUUUACUGGAAGCUUUAAAUGAGGGUCCUGAAGAGUGGUGGUGAUAUGCACAAUCUGUAAGGCAGGCAGUACAUUUCCUCUGUUAGAAGCAAGUAGCACAUCCUUGUCAAGGCUAGGUGGUUAUUGCAGUAAGAAAGUGAAGGGUAAAGCUUGAAGAGAGUUUAGGAGUGGAUCUGUUCUCUUUGGACAUACAAGUGAGCCACCACAUGGCACUGCAUGGGUUAACCACUGUAGAUUUGUAACCAAUUUGUAUUACACAAAAUUGAAAGCUCUGCAUUAUUCUUACUGAUUUGUUUUGGCAUGCUUCUGGUGAUGUCAGAAUCCUGGGUCACUUGAUGGCCAGAGUAUGUAUUUUGUUGUACUUUCCACAUAACUGUACCUAAAUUCAACAUUAUUGCCGCUACAGUGGUGCGCACCACUUUUGGCCAACAUAUCGUAAUGCUCCAUUUCUGAUUUUCUCAAACCAGGGCAGUUGUUGGCUAGGUAACCAACUUGGCUUUGCCCUGCUUCAUCAUUUCAGAGUUUGUUUGUAUCCCAGUAUUAUUUACUGAUUUUCAUAACCAAGUGAAGCCUGGAGUUGAUGGACUCGAGGGACAUUUUCAUCUUCUUGGCAGCCACCAUCCUUGCAGCUUGCAUCAGGCUUGCCAUUAACAGGCAGGCAUCACCAGGAUGGCCAGGCAAUGAGGAAAGGCAGGUAAUCUCUGUAGGAUGGGAAGGUGAGGUUUUUAACAGUAGUGAUUGGCCAGCAGCUGGUGCCUCAAGAAUGAAUUCUUAGAAGGAAAUUUGUCUGGAGUUUCAAGCUGGGGAAUUGUAUUUUAACGUGCCAAAGAACAGCGACUGAACAGAUGUGUUCUGCUUUGAAGCUGGGAUCCCAUGUGCAGAGUUAUAAGCCCUGUUUAGUUUUAUUUAUUCUGACACUUGACAGAAACCAGGUCCUGGUGUGUGUGUGUGUGUGUGUGUGUGUUUUUAAAUAAUCCAAAUGCAGUCAGUCAUUGGAAAAGAGGGUGCAGAUUCUCUCCUGCUGCAGUUACCUCAGUUCAGCCAUAGCUCCUGGCUCUGGUUGUGGUAUGUUUGAAUAAGUCUUCCACAGUUGGUUCAUUCUUCCAACCGCUUAUAACUUAAUGGCUUAAACAAAAAAGGACAUUCAGGAGUCCUUGGGCUAUCUGCCAGAAGAAAAAAAAGCCUCUUCAUGGCUUCUUUUUCUUUUUUUUAUUUUGAGCUUCAGGCUUUCCCCAUUUAAAAAAAGCUUUAUAAUGGUGGAGUUGGUUGCCUUAUCUACAUUUCAGAGUUAGUGGUACAUCCUCUUGCCAUCCUUUUUUAAAAAUAAAGUAGUGUGAACAUGUGUUUCUCUGAUAGACAAACAUUAUAUUUGUAUAUGUCACAAGGCUUCAGUUCCAGAUUCUAACUACAAUGCCACCUCUCUUAAGAAAGGUUGGUGUGCAGUAGGAAGCACUGUUCUUCAAGAGAGGUCACGCUUGCUAUUUGACGUAGUGCAGAUUAUUUGACCUCAACUAGACAAUCUCCUGCCAGUUUAUAGCUCUCAGAGCUCCUACAAGGACACAUCACGUGAGGGAACUUAACCACUUUUGACAUGUACCCAAGGUAACACAAUUACUGCCAUGCCUGCACCAUUCUCAUCAUUCUCCCCGGGAAUGUAUAAAAUUCCACCUAUGUGAUUGUGCUUUCUCGUGUGUUUACAUAAAUGCAAACAACGGACCUCCCAAAGGUGUGGGUGAUCAAUCACUUGGGUAGAAGUCUGUACACACACACACCAGAAAGCCAUGUGCAACCCAGCUGCUGGGGCCAUAGCACUCUAUUGCCACAGCUAUGGGCAAAGGAGAGUAUACAGUUCUUCUUCUUAUCAUGUAAUAGGGAUAAUGCUUGCCCAGUGGAAUCUUUCUUUUCUCUUGGAGUGAGGAUGGUACUGCCAAAAUACUAAGCUUAAUUCUUAGUAACAGUGUACGUGCCCUAGUUUGCUUGUCAAACACAAUUGUAACUGCACGUGGACUGAGAGCUUGUAAAUGGAAGAGACAUUUGAGCCCUGAAACUGCUGUUGGUUUAGCUCUUUUCUCACUCUCUCAUGUCUCUUUAGCUGUUCUGCUUUCUCAACAGAAAAACUGGGCUUUAAAACGUAUGCUGCUGUGCAUAUCUCACAAAGCCUUUGGAACGUCUUCUGGUUGGAGCCCUGUGUAUUCAGAAUUAUUCAUCCAUGGGGAAUCUCCCAUUCCCACAAGGUUCACAGACUGAUUGACUUGUGGCUGUUUGCCAAGGGGAGAGAGACACGAUUACUCCUGAAAUAAGCAAUGCUGAGUUGCUCCCAAUCAUGUCAGGGAGGCCAUGUGUUUAGGAUGGGCCCCAUUCCCAGGUGGGCAGCUUCUCAAAACAGAUACAAGUUUUGUUGGAGGAUGGGAAAGGAGAGUCCUCACAUCCUCAGGAAGGAGUACUUGGUUCUUAGCCUUCCUUUCAGUGUAAUUCCAGCAUGCUGAAGGAAAAGUAUUCCAUGUUCCACAUUCAGUUGCAUGCAACUAACUUGCUGUCAGGCCAGACCUAGGUUCUGGUUGCCAAGGGAACGCUGGCAUUGAGGCCUCUUGUUUCCUCAGCACAGCAUGCCCUGUUAGUGAGGUUUGAGCAGCAGUGGCACAGUUUAAGGGAGAGUGGGUGUUAAUUACCCCCUGAUUUGCUAACGUUCAUUCCUAUAACACUAUGAACUGGCUUCUUUUUUCCAGUCAGAGAAUUUGUUUAAAUCCCUGGCACUCUGAAAAGAUGAAAGGGGCAGACCUUGGUGUAAACAGGAACACUGUCUCUCUCACCUCAGUUGUCCAAGGUCCUUUUCAAAUUUCCUGCCAUUUUUUAAAAAUCACCAUGGAAGCAACGAGAACUGAGAGCCAAGCUACAAGUAACGAAUUACACUUGCCAGGCAAGUGUAAUUCGUCACUCGUAGCUUGGCUCUGAGAAAACAGCACUGAAACGGGCAUCCAGUAUUAAGCAUGGGAACCUCAUGGUUCCUUUCCCUGUUAACCAGGAUUUGGUUAGAAUUAGCCAGAACAGAACCUAAGUAUGAACCAUGGUUAAGAUGGGGGAGGGGCAUUGGUGCAUGAACCUUCAUCUACUCCAUAUCUUGUGUGGGAGGGGGGGGGGAUGAGCCGAGCUGUCUUUUGUCCUAAAAUGGCUGUCCAGUAAGAGAUCUUCAGAAAGAACAGCCAUUAAUUGCAUUAAAAUGUUCCAGCACUCAGUGACCAACUCUGACUUUCUCUGUUAUAGCUGUAAAGGGGAAAGGGACAGUUUGAAAAUAGUGCCAGGUUGGGAGGAGGGGCUUAAAUAUAUUGCCUUCUCUUUACCAACAUAGAAAUAUUGAAAACAUACUUGGGCUACCUGUCCUCUCUCCCCUCUUUCUGAAAAACCAGCUGUGAUGCUAUCUAAGAGCUGUGAUGGGGUCUCGACUCCGUCUCUCUUCUACCCACCGCCUCCUCCAUUCCCCUCUUGUUUUGUUAAAUCUGGGAGCAGAAUUUUCAAGCAACAAGAGCUGCAAACAAAAAUUUAAAAGCCAAGAAAUACCCCACCAGUCCAUGGGACUCCAGAGUAUUAAAUGCAGUGUGCACUGCCCCCUCUUUGUAGGGUUGCUCUAAAGCAGCCUAAUAUGAUGAUUUUAAAAAAUUUGAUCUUGCAUGUUAAAAGCAAGGCGCAUGUAACAAGGAGGGGAGUCCCCAAUGGGUCUUCCAGGCUUCAGGAAGAAAGGUGAUUUCACCCCUUUCAGAGAACCUUUUCUACUGUGGGGCCAUCCCACACUGCCACAGACCACUCACCCCAUCCCUGAGUGACCUAAACUAGCCAGAUUCUCCUUACUGGGGCACCGUAACAGCUUUGCACAUCCCAUCCAAGGUGGAAUCGCAAGCCCUGGGAAUGCAUGGGGAGGACUUGAGGUUCUUGGUUCUGAAGUAUUGUUUGCCCAUUGCCUGGAGACUGCCUCCUUUAUUUUUCUUGCUCUUUUUUUUUUUAGUUACGUUUAAAAAAGAAUGGUGAAAAUGUUAUUUAUUGGCAGAAAUUAUUUAAUAUAAUUUCUCUUUUGUGAACAAGGAAUGAAUUUGUUAGAACUGUCUUAAUGUAAAUUGGAAAGUCAUCUUUAAGAAAAAAAAUUAAAAAUUAAAUGACA